UAUCAAUGAUGUACCUGGUAUCUAUAGAGUUGCUUCUUUCGCUGGUACGCCAUAUACCAUUACUGAAACAUGGAAUAGUACAACCGAUAUCAAUGUGCAAUGCCUGCAAGCAACAACGACAUGUAGUAGUAUUAGCCUGGCUGGUGUACGGACGCCGAUCAUUGAAAAUAUGUAUGCUGGUCUGUAUGAAGCAACUGGCACAAUCAACAAUCGCGCUUCCUACAAGCAUAAAACUAAGGACUACUACGUUUAUUUUGUUCCCAUUGAAUACUGGAUCUUGGCUGAUGCUCCCUAUGGGGCUGUCAUUGUCAACAUACUUGCAAGAUCAGCCUCAGUUCAAAUAGAUGUAACUACUAUCAUGGGGUGGAGAUUUGACGAUGGUUUUAUUAACUCUGACGAAGAAGUUGCAUCCUUCCAAUGCAAACCAUCUACACCUUCAUGUGACAAGCUUCACUUGACAGCGGAUAUAGAUCCAGAUCAGCUGCCGUCACAGACGGAGUGGUUCGGUAUCUACACUCUCACAAAUGAAACAUCAGAUGGUCGUCCAGUGUAUACAUUGGAUGAACCCGGUGCCGUUCAGCGUACCGUAAAGCUGUACCACGUAACAACAUCAUUGUCAAGUUACU